AUGACAGAGCUCGUUACCAUCAAACCAUCGACAUCAACCUCGACACUUUUACCCCACACGUCAACGGACCAUUCACUCCAGAUCUUGCUUCUCCAAUCGACAAAUUUGGAGAUAUUUGGCCACUCGAUUUUAAGGUCUCCAUGCAGCAACUUCUCAUACGAAAGUAUGUCCAGGGCGGCUUCUAUCGCCGAGCAAGCUCUUGACAAGCGACUCAAAGCUAAGCUUAUCUUGACAAUCACCCCGGGAUUCGAACAAGUUAGUGCCACCAUCGGGAGAGACGGACUGUCCAACAUCUUAGCUAAGUUUGGAGGAAUGGUACUUGCCAACGCUUACGUACCAUGCAUUGGACAAUGGGAUCGUCAAGAUGUGAAGAAGAGAGAGAGAGGAGCACCAUUUUCUCCUCCUACAACCGUAACCUUCAGUGAAUAUCAAAGAAGCCAAAAAGUACUGAAGAGAAAGAAUACUUGUCGGUACAAGGAAUUUGCUUGCUAA